CGCUAGCUCGCGGCGUUCUUUCUCCCUCAGCCCUCCCCCAUUUCUCUAUUCCCAUUUCGAUACUUGCAACCCAGCCAGCCAGCUCGUCUCCCCCCUCCACCCCACCCGAUCCGCGCCGCCGCGUCUCGCAUGCCCGGCAACCUCUCUCGCCGUCACCCUUCUGAUCCGCGCUGGUAUUCCGCCGGCGCGAGACCGGGACCCCUUCCGAGCUUAGUGUUGCAUCAGCAUCAGCCUCGACCCCAUCCCUCGCUGCCCCCGCCCUGAUCUCGGUUCCUCCGUCCGCGUCCCGGCCGCGAUCCGUCCUUUGCCGGGCAGGCAAUUUGAUUUCAGUUCCUGAAUGCUGCUACCUCCACAGACCUCUAUUCGUGCUGUUGGUCCUUGCGGAUUGCGCGCUGUCAGGUCUGGAUAGUGCGGGUGGUGCAGUGUGUCCUCCGUUCUUCCUCGCCCGGCCCCAAAAGAUUUCGCGAGCAAUUAGGUGCAGUUUUGUUUAUUUGGCUCUGCAAAGUCUAGACGGCCGAGAGAAUCCCCUUCUAGUGACGGGAUGACGGCAUCAAUUCUUGUGAUGUUUUGUGGCUAGGACACCAUCACUACUGCUUACUCUUGCUUAGUUGACCUUGAGCCCUUUCCCUUUCGCGUGUUGUGUCAGUUAAUUAGCCUGUGGUUGUUGGGGAGAUCACGAGGUUUUCUUGCCCUUGUUGUCUAUCCGUAGUAGGUAGAUUGUGUUGGAUAUUUUCCGGUAGGACAUUGUGGGUUCGUGAUGUCUUGCACCUCCCCAGAUCCGCCAGACUACUGCUCGGCCGAAUCGCCUGAGCUCAAGCUGUACCAGGCCUUCAUCUUCUCGGUGCCUGUCUUCUUUACAUUUGUCUUGCUCCUCUUCUUCUACCUGUUCUACCUGAGGCGGCGCAGGGCCAAUUGGCAGUCCUUGAGGAUGAGGACGAAUAAUUUGAUACGAGAUAACCCCAGGCUGGAGUGUGGUUUGAAGAAGGAGAUGCGGGAAAUGUUGCCAGUGGUUAUCUAUAAAGAGAGUUUCUUGAUCAGGGAGACACAGUGCUCUGUCUGCCUAGCAGACUAUCAACCAGAUGAGCGGCUUCAGCGAAUACCUCCUUGUGGCCAUACCUUCCAUAUCAAUUGUAUCGACCACUGGCUCUCUAAAAACACAACCUGCCCCCUUUGUCGAGUCUCGCUCCUUCCAGCCCCCAAAGCAACCAGCAUUGACCCGGAUUUGGAAGCACAAACUGUAGAGGAAUCUCUGAAUGUACACCAUCAGGAGGACCUCUCCAACAGGAACACAUCACAGGAAGAUCAGACAGCCGAAGGUGGUGGAGCCGCUGGUGGUCAGGCCGAAGAACAACGUAGCGAUGCUGUCGAGCCGUUGACUGUCAGGGUGGUCACUGAGCCUCAAGCUGACACGGAAGGGUCACCAAGCACAACCUGCCAACCCGACAAAGCAAAGAAAUAAAGGUGACAAUGAUAUAUUUCUUGUAAGUUGUAACAUUGUAUGUUUAGCUGAUCAGGAGGGACAUACACAUAAAGAUCACCAUUGAUGUUGUAAUACCUGUUUACCAGGGAAAAAAAGGAAAAAUUAAGUGCUGAAGAAAUAUUUAUGGGUACAUAAUUAACAUGACCGAUACAGUACCAGUGACCUGUUUUUCA